CGCCGCUUCAGCCCAGUCUUGAACUUUUAAGCGUCCCCAACGAUAUCGAUGUAGGCCGUUAAAGGACUGGUCCGACUGGACUAACGCUGUGCUUGACUGUAUGAGACGGGAUAUGAACCGCGCAUGGCGUGAACAAUGCAUACGAUCCAGCGCCUUUCUUUUCCGAAGUUCAAGCUCGUUUAUUCGGGCCGCCGGUGUCACAGAACCACGAUUUCAGGGCCAAAUGACCACCUAUGGCUGACGAAGGCACGCGAAUGCACCAAAGACACGCAACGCAUCGGCAGGAACGUGGAAUCCGCGAGGCUCAAUCCAGGAGUACUUAUAGGGAAAUGGGCAGCAGCGGAAAUACUCACCAUGUCUCUCCUCGAUCGCCCCCCUGCGCCUCCCACCAAACUCGGUGUAUAUCGGAUUCUUUCGCCCAACGCGGGAGUCCAUGUCUCUCCGCUGCAGCUUGGGGCGGGCAGCAUCGGCGACCAGUGGCACAAGCUGGGGAUGGGCGCGAUGGACAAAACGGAUAGCUUCAAGCUUCUCAACGCGUAUUUCGACGCAGGCGGUAAUUUCAUUGACACUGCCAACGGAUAUCAGGACGAGACAUCUGAGAUGUUCAUCGGCGAGUGGAUGGAGCAGCGGGGGAUCCGGGACCAGAUCGUCCUUUCGACCAAGUUCACGAUGAACUUCAAAGCCCGCCAGAAUGUUCAGCACCAGGUCAACUACGCCGGGAACAACCGAAAGUCGAUGACGCUCAGUGUCGAGGCUAGCCUCAAGAAACUCCGCACGUCGUACAUCGACAUCUUGUAUGUCCACUUCUGGGACUGGGACACGAGCAUCCGCGAGUUGAUGGACGGGCUGCACAAUCUCGUCGCGCUUGGAAAGGUUCUGUAUCUCGGCAUCUCGGACACCCCGGCAUGGGUAGUCGCACAAGCCAACCAGUAUGCGCUCGACCACGGAAAGUCGCCGUUUGCCAUCUACCAGGGCUGCUGGAACGUCCUCGACCGGUCGUUGGAACGCGAGGUCAUCCCCAUGGUCCGUGCACAUGGGAUGGCGCUAGCGCCUUGGAAUGUUCUGGCGCAGGGAAAGUUCCGAACAGAUGCCAAAGAGGAAGCCCGGCGUGUGUCCGGGGAGAAAGGACGCAUGUUGUUCAGCGCUGACUGGGAAAGAAAUGAGGACGAGAAGAAAAUCUCACACGCACUGGAGAAAGUAGCUGGGGAGAUCGGGGCUAAGAGUAUCACCUCCGGUGAGACUUGUUCCUCUCUGAAUUUACCCGAUUUGAUGCAGAGUGUGAGAGCAGUUGCGAUCGCAUACCUGAUGCACAAGGUGCCGUACUGCUUCCCCAUCAUCGGAGGGAGGAAAGUCGAGCAUCUCAUGUCAAACAUUGAGGCCCUCGAGGUCUUGCUCUCACCGGAACAAAUCAGAUUCUUGGAAGGUGUUUUGACGUUUGACCCUGGCUUCCCAGCAACACCUCAGUUACCACCGCCAUCACCCGGUUGCACCCCCGCGGGGGUCCUCCUGGGUACCCUCAGACGUAGCUCUGAGGGUACCUAA